AAUAUAAACAAGAGAAGCCAUGCUGCAUGUUGUUGUUUUGAAAUUUCAAGCAAGACCGAAUAAUUACUGGAUAUAAUUAUAUUAUAGUUAGAAUUAUUUAAAUUUUAUUUGUUGUUGAUUUUGUUUGGUGCAACCUUGCCAUUAUGAAGCACACUACAGAGAAAUGUUCUGAAAUAUUAGACAACUAUUUAAUAUUUGGAAAUUUGCAUUCCCAAGAAUUCAAUGAAAAAAUCUCUGAAGACAACAAUGUAUCGGGUCUUGUGAAGAAUGUUAUAAAAGGCGAUUACAUUACAAUUUUACAAGACGAAUUGUUUUUAUCUUUGUAUAAAGAGUUCGGACAGUUUGAAAAGUUAAAUUUCAAUUUGUCUAUUGUAGAACAUGUAAACAAAUUAAUUUUUAAUGACCUUAUUGAACCUGAUGCAAUGUUAGCCAUUGGUGUUGGCAGUUAUCAACUGUUUUUACAACUAAAUUGGACAGGACCCUUAAUACCAAGCUUAGAAUUGGAUAGUUGGGGACCAAGUACAGAAGUAGUUGAAAAUUUAGUCAACGAUUUGGAUUGCGUCUCGAGAAAAGUUCUAUAUCCUGAACUGUUGGUUGUAGCGUAUGCAAUUUUAAACUGUGAAAAAAUCAAUAUACAUACACGACUUUGGUGGAAAGUACGAAUGCUAUCAACUCUUCAGUCGUUGUUAACCGAUCUGUCCAGUGAUAUUAAAUCAACGUUGGGGAAUUUGUUUGAAAAUAUUGAAAAACAUAAUUGGACAAAUCAUGAAGAAGAAGCUCUAUAUAGGUUGGAACAAUGUAAAAUUUACCUUUUUCAUUAUGGAAAUAUUUCAAAAGCCUCAUCAUCGUUAAACAUAGCAUUAGAACUAUUAGGAUUAGAACAUUCUCUUAUCGGUGCGCUGGGAAAGCGAACUAAGUACCAAGUCAAAGAAUUAGCACAGCUCACGCUUAAUGUUAACUUAAAGACAUCGGAAGAUAGCGCAGCCCAAUUUACUAUAAACCACGAAGGCACUGCUUUGCCUACAGAUUGUUUGUUGGACGAUGAAAACCGAAUGCACGAUAUUAAGUUUUCGAGUGAAAACUCUGGUCAGUUUCCCAAACUUAAUAGUCUUCAACAAGCAGCCAUAUUGAACUCGCUCAUGUUGGAGCAAAAAAGCAAGCCGAAAGACGACUUGCAAUUGGAAGAACUACAACCAUAUAUAAGAUGUUUGUUGCAACAAAAAUCUAUAUGGAGCAUACACGUGUCGGCAUUGCUUCAGCGAUCUAUUCUCGAGAAAGAUAAUCGAAGAUCAGUCGAGCGAUCUAUGCAACAAAUCGAGGCCCUAGUAACCAGUUUAAAUAGUGCUAGUCCAUUAAACGUAGAUCGUUUGUAUAUGUUCCAUUGUUCAUUUGUUUCGCCAUCCUGGCAACUGCAAGCCUACCUCGGUAACAUAAUGUUCUCAAUUGGUGCCAUUCAAAGCGCUUUGGACUGCUUUUUGGCAUCGGACAUGUGGGAAGAGUGCGUUGCUUGUUACAACAGACAAGGUCUACGACAUAAAGCAUCAGAGAUACUUGAAAACGAGCUAAAGCAACCAAACCUCACACUGGCCAAGCAUAUUUUAAUUCUGUGUCUACUCGGUGACGCAACCGAUAAUAUAUCGCUGUACGAAGAAGCUUGGAAUAUUUCCGAAUGCCGUAGUAGUAGAGCCCAAAAGCAUUGGGCAUUUUAUUAUUACAACAGAAAAGAAUAUGAAGAAAGUAUUGACCAUUUCCAAAAAUCGUUGAAAAUAAAUUCCAUACAAGAGCAACUGUGGUUUAGAUUAGCUUUUGCGUUCAUGGCCGUAGAAAGAUGGACAGAAGCUGCGGAAGCGUACAGAAGAUAUUGUGAUUUAGAAACUGAUUGUUUCGAAGCGUGGAACAAUUUAGCAAGGUGUUACAUAAAGAGUGGUCAAAAAUCAAGAGCUUAUUAUGCUCUCAAAGAGGCCGUGAAGUGUAACUACGAAAAUUGGAUGGUUUGGGACAAUUUGAUGGUUGUCAGCGUUGAUUGCGGCUGUUUUGAAGAGGCGAUAAAAUGCUAUCACCGUUUAUUGGAUUUAAAAAAUAAACAUGUCGACACGGAAGUUUUGAAGAUUUUGGUUCAAGCCGUGCAAACUAACGUUAAAGACGAAAACGACAGACCGGCGUCUGAACACAGAAAGUGCUUGUUACAACUUUUCGGUAGACUUACCUCCCAAGUUCAAAACGAUGGAGAAAUUUGGAAGUUAUAUGCUCAUUUGGAGGCUGCCGUUCCAUCUUUGAGUAAAGAAACGGUUGAUAAAAUUCUACAUCAUUUACAAUGCGCUCAUCGAUUUACAACUCAGGGCAACAAAUGGGAACAAAAUAAAGACACGUGUAUGAACGUUAUACAUUUGUCGUUGGAAUUGACUGAAGCGUACUUAAACUGUUGCGAUAAAGCUGAAAACAUAGAACAGAGACGAAGGUACCUGUCGUCGGCAAAACUGAUGUUGGUUUCGGCGGUGUCGCAAAUUGAGAAAGAAAAAGAUGUAUUGGAAAUGGUGAAAGGAGACUAUGAAAAGGUUAAAAACAAUUUGGAUCAAAUCAAACUUCGGCUCGCUGUUGAAUCGUAAAAUACUUAUUAUAUCAAUAUCAUAAGUAUUAAAAUUAUAUAAAUCUUUAUUAAAAAUAUUAUAUUAUGUUAACAACAAGUAAACAGUUAUGAACUUA